CCCGAAUUCCAAAACUUCGCCCUCUCCCCGCCCAAAUCCCGCGCGCCUCGCUCCCAAUCCCCAUUCCCCAACUUCGCGAAGCUUCUCGAAGGCUUCCAAUGUCCGCGCCGCCGCCGCCCCAGGCACCUCCGUUCGCCGUCGACGACUUAUACGAUGACGACGGCUUCGACUGGGAUGCCGCCGUGCGGGAGAUCGACGAGGCCUGCGCCGCCCGGGCGUCGGCCUCCGCCUCCGCCCCGGCGCCGGCGCAUCAUCCGCUGCCGCCGUGGCCCCCGGAGCCAUCGGCGACGGCGCCGCUUCACAGGCCACCGGCGGCGGUUGGCAGCGGCGCGGCGCGGCAGUCUACGCUCGACCGCUUCGUCGAUUCCUUCACUAAGAGGAGGCGGGAGAAAGAGGGGCCCGUGCCCGCACCCGCCCCCGCGGUGGAGCCUGGUGGCGGCGGUGUGGGGCGGCCAGGAGUCCUCGCGGGAGAGGGGAGCUCGCGACAGGCGGGCGACAAGGCUGUGGAGGAUCGCUUCGUCGAAUCUUUCACCAGGAGACAGCGGGAGAAGGAGAGGGCUGUGCCGGCGGCACCGGCUGGUGGCCGGAAGCGCCCUGCGGCCCGCGCUAACAAGGGAUGCCCGCGGCGGGCCAAUGUUGAGGUCGAGCUCGAUUCCUGUGCUGUGGCCCUGGACCUCGAGGCGGUGCAAACGUGGAUCUAUCCUACUAAUGUAGACGUCAGAGAAUACCAGAAACAUAUGGUUGAGAAGUCUCUAUUUACCAAUACGUUAAUAGCUUUGCCGACUGGACUUGGCAAAACUUUUAUUGCUGCCGUAGUGAUGUACAACUACUAUCGAUGGUUUCCUGAAGGGAAAAUAAUAUUUGCUGCCCCUUCACGUCCUCUUGUUGCUCAGCAAAUUGAGGCAUGUCUCAAUACAGUGGGAAUACCACAGGAGUGGACAAUAGAUUUGAGAGGGAAUAAAAACCCUUCCAGUCGAUCAGUUCACUGGAAGUCAAAGAGAGUGUUCUUUGUCACUCCACAAAUUCUUCAGAAUGAUAUAAAAUCUGGUAUAUGCAUGGUAAAGCAAAUAGUUUGCUUGGUGAUAGAUGAAGCCCAUCGUGCCUCAGGAAAUUAUGCUUACUGCAUUGCUAUUCGAGAGUUGCUAGCAGCUCGUGUUCCUUUAAGGAUUUUAGCUCUAACUGCUACACCAGGAUCCAAGCAUGCAGGUAUUCAAAGUGUUAUAAACAAUUUAUGCAUUUCGGAGUUGAUUUAUUGCGAUGAAGAGGAUUCUUUAGUGAAGGAAUAUGUUAACACACGCAAAGUUCGAGUUGUGAAGGUCCCUUUUGGAAGCGAUGCAACUCAAGUCGACGGUAUGCUUAUGGAUAUUAUACGCCCACAUCUUAAUCGGUUGCGUGAUGCUGGCGUGAUUGAUCAUCGUGAUUAUGCAAAAUGGACCCCAUUUGAACUUAUUAAAUAUAAGGAUAAAUUCAAGGAAGCACCCCCAUCAAACAUCCGUGAAAAGGAGAGAGGGGAAAUUGGAAGGUCUUUCGUAGCUCUUGGCUCACUUUUUCACAUGAGGAAGUUGCUUUGGAGCCAUGGAAUCCAACAAGCACACCAGUUCCUUGAAGAGAGUGUUAAUAAAGGGUCAUUAAAUUUGAUGCGCAAGAAUGAACUCUUCUGGAAACUAAAAGAAAAGAUGAAGCUUGUCUCAUCUCAAGGUUCGACUCCAAAAAUACGGGAAUUGAUAAAGCUGAUGGAUGAGUACUUCAAUACGACUAAUUCGCAGGACUCCAGGAUUAUUAUAUUUUCCCAUUUCCGGGGAAGUGUCAAUGAAAUAUAUUGCUCACUACAUAAUAUUGAUGAUAAACGUAUCAGACCUGUCGAAUUCAUUGGUCAAAGCUCUUCAGGUAAACGGUUGAAGGGGCAAACCCAGAAAACUCAACAAGCUAUUCUGCAGAAAUUUCGAAAUGGGGUAUAUAAUGUUUUGGUGGCAACAUCCAUUGGUGAGGAAGGACUAGAUAUUAUUGAGGUUGAUCUUGUGAUCUGUUUUGAUGCCAAUGUUUCACCAUUAAGGAUGAUUCAACGGAUGGGAAGAACUGGGAGAAAGCAUGAAGGGCAAGUUGUGGUUUUGGCUUGUGAAGGACAGGAGUUGACUGGAUACACAAAGAAACAAGGAGAUAGUCGAACCAUGAGGAAGCUAUUACGUAACAGUGAGAGAUUUGAGUACCAUGCUAGUCCUAGGAUGGUUCCACAUAUCCACAAACCAGAAGUUAGGUAUGUUAAAUUGACAAUAGACAAAUAUAUUCCUAGCUCAAACAAAAUGAGGGUUGCUUUAAAAGAAGCAUCAUCAAUUCCGUGGAAGAUGUCAGAGGCAGAUGGUCAAUUGAUUGCUCAGUACUUUGGUGCAUGCAAAGAUGUUUGGAGGCCAUCCCUAGUUGCAUUUCCUAGAUUCCAGCUUUGUCCAAGUCUUGUUCACAAAGUUCCACACUCGUUCCGGACGACAGAUAUGCUAACUGAUGCUAUGCAACAACUUCAAGAUCCAUCUUUUUUUAGGACAAAGUGUGAAAAACCUUUGCAAGAAUCUGCUGAUGUUGCAGCUGUGAAGGGUCAUGUACAUGGAGGUUUCUAUGCUGCUAAUGGAAAUGAGGCAAUGCCUCAUGUAUCUGACAGCUUGGAAGCCUCACCCGGACUAGUGCAGUAUCAAAGUGUUUCUGUGCCAGGUUCUCCAGUUAGAAAGUAUCCUAUUCACUCGUUCUUCAGUGUUGAUUAUGUAACCGUGGAUAGGGGAGGCAAUGUUUCGAUUACUUUUGUACCUGUGCUGCCUCAGACAUCUGCAUUCCUCAAGGAUACAAAGAAUGCAGAUUGGCAUAAUAAAGACCGGAAUAAGGCCACACCUUGUAGAUCAGUGGCAGACAUCAGUUGGACAUCAGUUGAAUAUGUUUGCCCUGUUACUAAUUCAGCCAAACAUAUGUCCACGAAUAAUUUAUCAAGUUCAGCUAUGCAUUCCCCUGAGUAUGCUGGGCCCUGCGAUAAUGUUGAUGACAAUCAUGUGCUUACACCUCUACUACCUAAAACAUCGACUAGCCCGAGGGAAAAAUUGGACACUACCUGCAAUACUAAACUGCCACAGUCCACCAGUUCAUAUCAGGAAGAUAUGGAUCUUAGUCCCAGGUUAACACUAUACAUGGAAGAAGGAAUUGUUCCUGAGUCUCCAGUUGUUGAAGUUAGCCACUUGCAUCUUGGGAUAGAUGGAGCUGCGAAUAUUGGAUUUGAGCCAAAGCAUGCAUCUCCAGAGUUGCUCAGUGUGGGAGCUCACACCAAUUUAGCUGGAUGUAAAAAAGGACCGCUUGACUUAGAGAAAAAUAGUCAAUGGAUUUCUGUUGUCACUGAGCUUGGUGCCUCAGCAAGGCAGAAUGUGCUAGAUCAUACUCAAGCAAAAACAGGAGAGCCAACGGAACCUUCAAAUGUGAAAAUAUGUACUCCUACCAAACAUAUUCCUACUGAGAAUCUGCUGCAUGAUAGUUUCUCAGGUGAUUGUCUCCUUAGGUCUGGAGGUGGUGCAUCAGGGUCAGUUCCGCAAGCUCCUAAGUACAGAAGACUAUGCAAAUACGGUGACAAGAUCAAAAGAGUCUCCAUCUCUUUUGAUGCCUGUCAUGAUGGAUUUGAAAAAUGCAAUAUUGCUGCUAGAGCUAUGUCAAACCAAAUAGAGCAUGCUACGGGGAAAAAAGGGAAGGCUAAGAGGCGUCUGGAUACCUAUAUUGAUGAGGAAGUCGAGGUGUCUGAAGAUGCUGAUGUUUCAGAGGAUGAGGAUGAUAAUCAGAGUGAAGAUAAAUAUGAAGAUAGCUUCAUUGAUGAUGAGGCAACUCCAACUGGUGAAUUUACCCAAACUGAACAAGGCGGACGAAUCAGUGGGGACAUGAUGGGUUUCUACAGGCAAUCACUGCUUACUCAGUCCCCAGUACUUCUACCCUCAAGAUACCUCGAUGUUUCCGACAAUUCUGCUUCUUGGACUGGUAAUGCAAGCUGUUCUUCAGAGGUUGGGCAUAAUUCUAUUGAGACUCCAAAAGAGCUUCAAACACAUCAUACCAUGGACCCAAGUCCAUCAUACCAACAAAGUUUACUGGGAAAAGCCAGUUUUGUUAAGGAUCAAUGUGGGACAACUUUCGCAAAUUCUGAAUCAUCAACUAAAUUGGAUUGCAGAAAGAGAAAGCUAAGCUUCCAGCAACCUGCCACGAUCCCUGUAAUAAACCUUGAACCGGAACCAGCUCCAGAAUCAUCCUCACACAUUGCCACCGGAGUCACUGAUGACAAUUAUUACGAUGAUGCUUUCUUUGAGAACCUUGAUCUCGACGCUAUUGAAGCAGAAGCAACAGCGCUGUGGAGGCAAAAGACUUCACAGUCGACACAGAAACCGGUGGAAACUAAGAAAGCGUCAGACCUUAGCUUUGAACCUCCUCCAUUCGACCUGGGUUUCUGAUACCUCAUGUAAAAGUGAGCAUCCUUUUAGGAUACCAUCUACCUGCAGCUGGCCAUCUCACUCGAGCUGUGUGAGGCACAGAGCAUAUCACUCGAGCUUUUCUGCCAAGGUUUGAACCCGCACUACAUGACAACGCCACAGGAUCUGGCACGCUGCUGGUAAGAUCUCAGCUAUGAUAUUUAUGGGUGCGCUGGAAGAUCAGCGGGAGGUGGAUUUUGCAUAUACAUACUGGUGCUAGAAGUGUAUUAUCUCAGUACAGAAUUACAGACCCUGUAUAGUCUCUCCCCUGUAAAUACUCCCUGUAUAUAAGUGUCUGUCUGUAUGGAAACACUUGAAAAUUUUGUUCAUGACGGCACUGCCACUUUGCUGUACAGUAUUGGCCACGCUUUUCAAUCCUGAACCGACUGAUUUUGCA